UGCAAUGACCGCUUUGCAAACGAAGGGUUAUGCUGAUUUAAAACACCGUAAUUAACAAUAUUUGACGUUGAACAGUCGCUUGGACAUCCUAAGCUGUCCGACAGCAGGUGAAGCUCCCGCAGCCUCCACACGCCUGCAUGUGCGAGCUCAGUCCCGUAUCUCUGCAGCAGCAUGGAGACGUUGUGUUUAUAAACUCACACCGCCGCUGUCAAGGAACUUUUUCCCCCUCCUCUUUUGGCACUCUUGACCAUUUCAACAAUUACCAAGGCUCACCAGCUUCCUCCUCUAGAUAUUUAUCAGUAAACAAUGGACAUGACUCUAACUAUUUUGCUCCUGCUGUGCGGAGCUGCUGUCUCUGUGGCGGCUGACUGGGAACCCAGGAAUUCUGCUUUUACUCAUCUGGAGGAUGAUGGUGUCGACUACAAGGAUCCCUGUAAAGCUGCGGCCUUUCUGGGAGACAUUGCUCUGGAUGAAGAAGACCUCCACAUAUUAAAUUACUUUAACAGCAGUGAUGAAGUACAACACACAAUCAACAAAAACUCAGCUAACAGUUCCACUUCCAACCAAAGCAUCAAGACAGCGUUUGACAAUCAGAUUCUACAUCGUCAGAGGAGAGCAGCCACCUCCAGGCCGGAGCGAGUGUGGCCUGAUGGCAUCAUCCCGUAUGUCAUCAGUGGGAAUUUUACUGGCAGCCAGCGAGCCAUUUUCCGUCAAGCGAUGCGUCACUGGGAGAAAUAUACUUGUGUGACAUUCAUAGAGAGAACAACUGAAGAGAGCUACAUUGUUUUCACCUACAGGCCUUGUGGGUGUUGCUCCUUCGUUGGAAGGAGAGGCAGUGGUCCUCAGGCCAUCUCUAUUGGGAAGAACUGCGAUAAGUUUGGCAUUGUAGUUCAUGAACUUGGCCAUGUGAUUGGCUUCUGGCACGAACACACACGCCCAGACCGUGACAAGCAUGUAAGCAUCAUCAGGGACAACAUCCAACAAGGACAGGAGUAUAACUUCCUGAAGAUGGAACCAGAUGAGGUUGACUCAUUAGGAGAGGUGUACGACUUUGACAGCAUCAUGCAUUAUGCAAGGAACACAUUUUCCAGAGGUAUCUUCUUAGACACAAUCUUACCCCGCUAUGAUGUCAAAGGGGUCAGGCCUUCAAUAGGACAGAGGACAAGGCUUAGCAAAGGAGACAUAGCACAAGCCCGCAAACUCUACAAAUGUGCAAAGUGUGGGGACAGCCUGCAGGAGAGCGCUGGAAACUUCUCUUCUCCUGGUUUCCCAAAUGGGUACUCGGCACACACUCACUGUGUUUGGAGGAUUUCCGUCACUCCUGGAGAAAAGAUUGUCCUUAAUUUUACCUCCAUGGAACUCUUCAGGAGUCAUUUGUGCUGGUAUGACCACGUAGAGGUCAGAGACGGGUUCUGGAGGAAAGCGCCUCUGAAAGGACGUUUUUGUGGGCACACGCAUCCAGAUCCAAUUAUCUCAACAGAUAGUCAACUGUGGAUUCAAUUCAGAACCAGUAGCAGUUGGCUGGGCAAAGGAUUUUCAGCUGUUUAUGAAGCUGUGUGUGGAGGGGAAAUGAAGCGGGACAGUGGCCAGAUCCAGUCACCCAAUUAUCCCGAUGACUACCUGACGAACAAAAUGUGUGUGUGGAGGAUCACAGUAGCAGAGGGCUUUGAUGUUGCUGUCUCCUUUCAAUCUUUUGAGAUUGAGAGGCAUGACAGCUGUGCCUACGACUAUGUGGAAUUGAGGGAUGGUAGUUCAGAGAGCAGCCCGCUGCUUGGCCGUUUCUGUGGCUACGACAAACCAGGCGACAUCAAAAGCAGCUCCAACCAGCUCUGGCUCAAGUUUGUAUCCGACGGCUCCGUCAGCAAAGCUGGGUUUUUGGCUAGCUUUUUUAAAGAAAUGGAUGAGUGCUCCAAGCCAGACAACGGUCAGUGCAAACAGCGCUGUCUGAACACGCUUGGCAGUUACAGAUGUGCCUGUGACCCUGGAUAUGAACUGGCAGCUGACAGACGUAGCUGUGAGACAGCUGCUUGUGGUGGCAUCAUCACUAUUCUCAAUGGCUCCCUCACAACCCCUGGCUGGCCUAAAGAAUACCCACCCAACAAGAACUGUGUAUGGCAGCUGGUGGCUCCCAUUCAGUAUCGCAUCACACUUGUGUUUGACGUGUUCGAAACCGAAGGCAAUGACGUGUGCAAGUAUGACUAUGUGGAGGUGCGUAGUGGGUUGAGCUCAGACUCAAAGCUUCAUGGAAAGUUCUGUGGAGCAGAGAUGCCCGACGUCAUCACCUCCCUUCACAAUAACAUGAGGAUCGAGUUCAAAUCGGACAACACUGUGUCCAAGAAGGGUUUCAAGGCUCACUUCUUCUCUGAUAUUGAUGAAUGCUCCAAAGCUAAUGGAGGCUGCCAGCAUGAAUGUGUGAACACCUUUGGAAGCUACAGCUGUCAAUGCCGCAGCGGCUUCAUGCUCCAUGAGAAUAAACACGACUGCAAGGAAGCGGGCUGCGAUCAUGUAAUAAACAGUGUGUCUGGCAUGAUCAGCAGCCCCAACUGGCCUGACAAAUAUCCCAGUAAGAAGGCCUGCACCUGGUUGCUGUCCACAACUCCGGGCCAUCGAAUCAAGCUUGUUUUUAAUGAUGUUGACAUGGAGGCUCAUCUAGAGUGCGCUUACGACCAUCUGGAGAUCUUCGAUGGGAGAGACAAUCACGCUCCACCUCUGGGGCGCUUUUGUGGCACUAAAAAACCAUCCCCGGUUGUCUCAAGUGGGAACAGAAUGUUCCUGCGUUUUUUCUCCGACAACUCGGUGCAGAAGAGAGGGUUCGAGGCUUCAUAUGGAGCAGAAUGUGGAGGAAGUCUUAAAGCUGAGGUCAGGACAAAAGAUCUAUACUCUCAUGCACAGUUUGGAGAUAACAACUAUCCUGGAGGCUCUGACUGUCUCUGGGUGGUCACUGCUGAGAAGGGCUAUGGAGUGGAGAUGAUCUUCGAACUCUUUGAGAUUGAGGAGGAAGCAAACUGCGGGUAUGAUUACGUGGAGCUGUAUGAUGGGGCCGACAUCAAGUCCCCGAGGCUGGGAAGAUACUGCGGAUCUGGGGCUCCAGAGGAGGUCUACUCAGCCGGAGAUGCUAUAGUUUUAAAAUUUAACUCUGAUGACAGCAUCGGUAAAAAAGGCUUUCAUGCUCGCUACACAAGCACAAAGUUCCAGGACAUGUUACACACAAGCAAGUAACUUUUUAAACCUAAACAGAGACUUCAGCCCCAACAUUUGGUGAGGCACACCCUUUUCCAAGCGAGAAGCAUAUAAACGGGUUGAUACCACAAACACGAAUGUGCCACAAACGUAUUUUACAUUUACAUUUGUUAGACUUUUCCCCUACACUUUUCCUAAUUAUAUAGCUGUAUACAAUAGCAUAAAAGGAACAGUUUGAAUUAUUUAAGUAGAUUUAGUCACAUCAUCUGUGAUGAGCUAAAUAAAAGCAUUGUACGCAGUGUAUAUAAU